CUGGAUCACUAGAGCUAAUUUCUGCUUGCCUUGUGAACCUGCUCACUGAGGAGACUACAAUAUCAAAGGAUUACAAUUUGAGUUCACUGAUGGAAUACUUUGGCAAGAUUACAUUGGACGGGAGCUUCCUUGACGGGCUUGAUGACUUAUAUUUGAACUACUCUGAUGAUGAUUACAAUUGUUGCAAGGGGGGUGAUGUGUGCGACCUAGAAGACGGCAUGCAUUUUGAGGCGAUGUUCAUCCCAGUUCUGUACUCUGUGGCAUUUGUUGUGGGUGUCCUGGGUAACGGAGUGCUGCUGGGAGUUUUGGUUAAGAGCAGGAGGACCUGGAGUGUGACAGACACCUUCAUUCUACAUCUGGGGGUGGCAGAUGUCCUGCUGCUGGUGACACUACCCUUCUGGGCUGCACAGUCCGCUCAAAAACAAGGAUGGACCUUUGGCACUCCUCUCUGUAAGAUCACUGGAGCUGUUUUUACGAUCAACUUCUACUGUGGGAUCUUUCUGCUGGCCUGCAUCAGUCUGGACCGGUACCUGUCUAUCGUCCACGCCACCCAGAUGUAUUCCCGCAGAAAGCCCUGGGUCGUUCAGGUCAGCUGCUUGGCAGUGUGGCUCUUCUCCCUGCUCCUCUCGAUCCCAGACUGGAUCUUUUUGGACGCUGUGGUGGAUGGCAGACGACAAAAAACAGAGUGCGUUCCCAACUACUUUGCCUUCAACUCUGAGUCAGUAAAUGACUGGAGACUGGCAUCACGCCUGCUCUACCACACGGUGGGCUUCCUGCUGCCUUCAGUCGUCCUCAUCUUCUGCUACUCCUGCAUCCUGCGGCGGCUGCGGUGUGGCUCUCUGGGCCUCCAAAAGCAGAAAGCUUUUAAGGUCAUUGUGGCCGUGGUGGUGGUUUUCUUUCUCUGCUGGACGCCAUACAACAUCACACUCAUGGUGGACACACUUCAUUCCAACAACACCAGCGGGGGCUGCGGAGUCAGAUCAUCUCUGGAGAAAGCCAAGAUAGUCACCUCCUCCGUCGGUUACCUCCACUGCAGCCUCAAUCCCAUCCUGUAUGCCUUUGUGGGUGUGAAGUUCCGGCGUCAGCUCCUGGACAUCCUGAGGUCUCUGGGUUGCAAGCUUAAGACAACUGCUAAACUGCAAUCUGUUGGUACCAGCAGGAGAAGCUCCAUUUGGUCUGAGUCUGCCGAUACCUCCAACUCCAUUGCUAUCUAAGAGAGACACAAACAUAUCGACAACCACAAGUACAAACCUGACAAAGCUUACAAACUGACUUAAACUGACAGAAAGACAUGAGCAGCUAAGUCUACAAUGUGUUUCUGUAAAUGUGUUUUGUUAUUUAACAUGUAACAGUUGUUCUUUCAAUGCCCUGUAGUUUGCAGUGUAACAUGAAAAUGACUAUUGGACAAAAAUAACUGUGUGGGGUCAUACACCUAUUCUUGUAGGCAGCAGAUCUAUUUCUCUUGUAGUAAAAUAGUAGAAACAUAACAUUUCCCUUUUCUGACUGCAAAGCAACAUUGUAUUUUAACAUGUAAUACUGCAGUGUUUAUACUGGAGCUACUGUCUUAGAUACAUACUAUUUUUUACUUUAUACAUAACUUUUAAAUGACAUUUUAUACCACAGUCAUACUCUAUGUUGCAUUAUGUUUAUUUUUUUUUUACAUGGAUUGUUCACAAACCAAAUAACAUGUUAUUUUUUUAAUCAUAACCAGUGUGUUUUCAACAUUGUUGCAACAGGACCCCUUAAAGGGCAAUCCUGAGAUUUAUUUUGACCAUGAUGUAAAUUUGCAAAAAAAUAAAAUUGAGAGGUAAAAUGAA